AUGCGGAGACCCCGAGGAGCAGCCCGGCCAGGCGUGGGCCCCGGGCGGCGGCGGCUAGCGGACUGCGUGGAUGGAGAAGCGGGCGGAGGGGACGGAGCGGACGAGCGCGGAGCCCGAGCGCGUGGAGCGGACGACGGAACCGGCGGCUCGGGCGGCGCGGGCUUAAGAGCCGCCAAGGAGGGCGGGGCCGGGGGCGGGGCGCUGCUCCUGGAACCCCGGGUCCCGAGCCGUCGGGGCUGCGCCCCCACCCUCGGAGUCGCCGACGCCUACGUGCACCGCCCCACGCCCCGGCCCCGAGCGUUCUUGUGGGACGUGCGCUCCUCUGCCUCUCCCCGUGUUCCAGAAGCUUCCACUCCUGCGGGCCCUGCCUAGAUCUCCUUGAUCUCCUUCUCUGCUGAACCGGAGAUAUGAGUCAUGAAGUCCAUGUACAUUGGAAAAUGAUGUCAUACAUGAAACUAAAUCAGCCAAGUGAAAAGAAAAAAAGCAGGCCAGAACCACAAAGAGAGCCAAAUCGUGCCUGGUAUUCUGAGAAGAUGAUUCUAGCAGAUGUUUUCUGACGAGUCAGAAUGAUGGAGACAGAGCCGUCUGCGCUGUGAGUCACCCCACGAGCCCGGGGGCCGACGUUUGUGGUGUCUGCAUUUACUGCUUCACUGAAGUCCAGUGCUGCAGCAUGUCCCCUGACAGAGAUAACACUAAAAUUCCAAUAAUUACGACAAGCCCUGUGGUAGUGUCACAUUUUCUUGUUCAACAGUAGUUUCUAACGAUUUCCUUCUGGUUCUCUUGUUUUUUUUUUUUUUUUUUUUUUUUCCUUACUUAAGUACUACCCCAAAGCCCCAUUGCCCUGAAGCUAAGAAAGCUCAAGAGGAAUAUUCUGCAAAUAUAAGGAGUGACUUGGAGUUGCCGCUUAGUCUUGGUUGGGAAGAAAGCCAGGACAUAAUCAGAAAGAAAAACUAAGAAAGGGCCUCUUAGAUGCCGCUAUGAAGAUCUUAGAGAGAGGGGCGUGAGGUUUAAUUUACAUUUUAUUUUUAGCCCGGGGGUUCAUGUGUGCUAUAGCAGCUGUGUGGGGGUCAAAGAACACCCUUGUAGAACUGAGUUAUUACUUUAUGAAUUUCAGGGAUGGCACUCAGCUCACAGACCUUUAACUCACUGAGCGGUUCCAUGACCCAGGGCCUGAGUUUGAUUUAUCCAAGAAAAUAUUGGGAUUUUUUUUUUCAUUAUACUAACUAAGUACUCAUGUCUGUGAAAGGAAGGCCACGAAUACAAGACAACUUCAUGAAGAAACUUAUGUUAGAAGCAUAGUCAAACAUGUUUGUGUCCUUCAACAGUGCCAGGAUUUAUUGAAAAAAAAAAAAUCAGUUCAGAAGGAUUGCCAAGUAAACCCACAUCCCUGACAGCCUAGUUUUACGUCAACUUGACACAGCUGUAGCCAUGUGUGAAGAAAGGCUCUCUCAACUGAGGAAAAUGACUCUGUAAUAUUGGCAUGUAAACAAGUCUGUACUGAUUUUCUUAAUUAGUGAAUGUCGUGGAAGAGCAAAGCCCAUUGCAAGUGGUGUCAUCCUUGGACUAGUGGCCCUGGAUGCUAGAAGAAAGGCUGAGCAAGCCGGAAGGAGCAAGCCAGUAAGGAGCACUACUGCAUGAUUAGAUCCUGCCUCCAGUUCCUGUCAUGACUUCUUUUGGUAAUGUGCUUGCCUGUUCGAUGGAAUAAACCCUUUCAUCCAUUAGUUGUGUUUUUAGCACAACAGUAGAAACUCUUAAGACAGCA